ACCCUACUUCUCUUUACACAAUAAAACACCCUCCGCCUCCCCGUCACUAGAGGAGAGAGAAAAUACCCUCCAACCUCCAAAACCCUAAAAUGGUGAAGUUUCUGAAACCAGGGAAGGCGGUGAUCGUGCUGCAAGGGCGUUACGCAGGGCGGAAGGCGGUGAUUGUUCGCAACUUCGACGAAGGAAACCGUGAGCGACAAUACGGACACUGCCUGGUGGCCGGCAUCAACAAGUACCCCAAGAAGGUGAUCCGAAAGGACUCAGCCAAGAAGCAGGCCAAGAAAUCCCGCGUGAAAUGCUUCGUCAAGGUCGUCAAUUACAACCACAUCAUGCCUACUCGAUACACUCUUGACGUUGAUCUUAAGGAUGUCGUCACUACUGAUGUAUUGACAUCCAAGGACAAGAAGGUUACUGCUGCCAAGGAGACUAAGGCCAGGUUUGAGGAGAGGUUCAAGACUGGCAAGAACCGAUGGUUCUUCUCUAAACUCAGGUUUUAAGUGACUUUUUUUUAAAGAUUUACCAAGUAGAAGAAGAGAAGUUUUGUUACGUUUAUGGUUUAUUUUAUUUUGAACCAAGUUUAUGCUUUCCGGGUCGGAUCUAAUUUUGUUGAUGGUGAUUUUGCUGGAAUUCUAUAUAUUAUGCUAUGAACCCAAUUUCGAAUUUUUA